GGGCUGAACUGAGGAGGGCAAACACGCACAGGAGCACAUUCACAGAAGAGAGAGAGCUGCUGCAGGGCUCGCAUAUGAAGCGACCAGCUGAUGACAAGAAAUCCCCUGAGGACGACAUGAGUUUUGGAGCAGCGUGCAUUUUCCUGAGAGGAGGCAAAAAUAUUACAAGAGAACUGGCUGAUGAUGAGAUUGACGAGCUGCGGGAUGCAUUCAACGAGUUUGAUAAAGACAAAGAUGGGCUGAUCAGUUGUAAGGACCUGGGGAAUCUGAUGCGGACAAUGGGAUACAUGCCUACUGAGAUGGAGCUGAUCGAGUUGAGUCAGAAUAUCAACAUGAACCUUGGUGGAAGAGUAGACUUUGAGGAUUUCGUUGAGCUGAUGGCCCCAAAGCUUCUGGCAGAGACUGCUGGGAUGAUUGGCGUGAAGGAGCUCAAAGAUGCUUUUAAAGAGUUCGACAUGGACGGAGACGGAGAGAUCACAACAGCAGAGCUGAGGUCAGCCAUGAUUAAGCUGAUGGGAGAGCACAUGAGCAGGAGGGAGAUAGACGCCAUAGUAAAAGAAGCAGACGACAACGGAGACGGCACAGUAGACUUCGAAGAGUUCGUCAGAAUGAUGUCCCAUCAAUGA